AUGAAGAGGACAACGCCGCGGGACAGAGUUGCCGAGUCGGCCUUCGCCUCCGACGACGAGACGGUUGUCGUGAUUCAAGAUGGCGUUGCUCUGAACGCUGCCGGUCACAGGGAUCAACUUAGACGCCAAUACGGGUUUCUUGGGCUUGCCAGCAUGGCCCUCACCGUAGACAAUGCCUGGGUAGCCCUGGGCUCUUCCAUCUCUGUGUCCAUUCUCAACGGCGGUCCACCCGGUAUCAUCUACGGCCUCCUGGUUGCCGUCUUCUACUAUACUCUCAUUGGCCUGAGUCUGUCAGAGCUCGCCUCGUCAGUGCCCACAGCCGGCGGCGUCUACCACUGGGCGACUAUCGCAGGAGGUCCUCGGUGGGGCCGAGCACUCGGGUUUUUCACCGGCUGGAUCAACUUCUACGGCUGGCUGUUUUCGCUGGCAUCCCUGCUCCAGAUCUCAAGCAACGUCGCCGUGAGCAUGUACGCCGUCUGGAACUGGGAUCACUAUGUCAGCCAGCCAUUCCACGUCUACAUCGGCUAUCUCAUCACUCUCUGGGGGUCGGCUGGCUUCGUGGUCUUUGCCAACAAGUACGCACCGUACACUCAGCAUGCGGGAAUGUGGUUCGUCUUGAUCGGCGGCGUCGUCACCAUCAUCGUACUUGCCGUCAUGCCUAAGCAGCAUGCGACCCAUCACUUCGUGUGGGCAUCUUUCGACGAGAAUAACGCUACAGGAUGGUCUGGGGGCGUUGCUUUCCUGCUGGGCGUUCUCAACGGUGCCUUCACGAUUGGCACCCCGGACUCCGUCACCCACAUGGCAGAAGAGAUGCCCCAUCCCAAGAAGGACCUUCCCAAAGCUAUACUUCUCCAGAUAUUUCUCGGCUUUCUGUACGCUUUCUGUUUCGCCGUUGCGCUGUCGUAUGCCAUCACCGACAUCACGGCUCUCCAAGGCGGCUUCAACUCAUUCCCUCUGACCAACAUUUAUAUGCAAGCCACUACCAGCUCGGCUGGUAUCCGGAGUCCUGGCGCGGCCUUUGGACUCUUGUUCAUCAUGCUCGGCUGUACUCUGACGUGUUGCGUGGGCCUGACAUUGACGGUAUCGAGAGCGUACUGGGCCCUUGCCCGAGAUAACGCGGUGCCCUUAUCCAAGGUGUUCGCGCGAGUCAAUACAAGCCUGAGCUGCCCCGUUUGGGCAACCUUGUUCGUUUGUGUCGUCGCAACCGGUCUGGGUGCCAUACCGCUCGGCAGUUCAGCAGCUUUCCUGGCACUGGCGGGCUCGUUCAUAAUCCUGACAUCUGUGUCUUACGCUAUCCCAUUCACCGCCAACAUGCUCUCGGCCCGGAAAUACUUCCCGCGAGGGCCGUUCCACCUGGGAAAGGCCGGGAACAUCAUAAACGGGCUCGCCGUCCUCUUUAUCGUACUGUUUGAUGUCCUCUUUUGUUUUCCUUUCGUGCUGCCGACGACGGAAGCGACGAUGAACUGGAGCGGUGUCAUCUUGGUAGGCACAGUUGCCAUCACAGCCCUUUGGUGGAUGGUGCAUGCAGCUGAGCACUAUCCUGGCCCAAAGGUGAUGGACUUGUACAUUACUACCGUCGGUGUGGCUUCAAAGAUUACGAAGGCAGACAGAGCUGGGUUCACCGCAACAGAAGUCAAGGCAACAGAGGUCAUGUAG